AUGAGCGGCUUUAGUAGGCGUAUCACUGAGGGUCAUGACAACUAUUUAGUGAAUCAGCAGAUUGCUCUACCCAUCUCUUAUAACCAUGCGGAUAGCCAUGACUUCAGCAGCAAUGGCACGGCACCACAUCAUUUCUCUCAACAAACGUUCGGUUCAUACGCACCUCAAAUUGGACCCGCUUACACUCAGGCCGGCUUACCCCCCGGCAUCAAUCUAUCAUCUACGCGCUCCAUCCCGGUCGCCCCAGAGAAUGGAGUUGUGCAGCACCAACCCGUACAAUGUGCACGGCAAGCGCGGUAUUUGCAGUCGCCGAGGUAUCUACCUCUUCGUGAAACAAUCAAUGAGAUAGGAAUAGAGAGCCAGGAAUCUCUCAAUGAGAACACGAUGCUGUCAGAGCCAGUUAUUCCUCCAUUGGAGGGUUUUCCUAGCGUGAGGGAAUUUGAUCAAUUGAUAAGAUGGUAA